AUGAACCCCAACCACGAACUACACCUUCAAAGAGCGCAAAAUUUCACCCCAGCACACAACUCGCGCAACCCUCAAUAUGGCCUACCCAACCCUAAAUUCCAGCCUACUGGAAACUUUUAUUCGCAGAAUGCCACCAACCACAACCAGUCACAUAACCUCGACGAGCUAGGAAGCGAACCUCAACAGAUAUACUUUAUUGACAGUCGGGGUGAGAUUGUUUGCGCCCCCGUCAACCGACAAGCCCAAGGCCACCACCCAACUUUAGAGCCCAAUAACCCAGCACUUGGCCCCCAUCGCAAUCUUUAUCAUCAGGACGGUACUUUUGGAAGAACUCCUUACCUCCCUCGUCACAACGCACAACCAAAUUCCUAUCCAGGUCCUUUUCACCGCGCGCCUUUUGGAACCACUCCCGUCCCGCCUAACUAUACACGAGCAAAUCUUUAUCAAGAUCAUACCGCCAGCACCGAAUCUUUUGACUCUCCCGUUGGUACUACCCCUGUUACUCGCCGGGCUCCUCAAGAGAACCAAGUUCCCCCUGUCACUCGCAGCGCUCCUCAAGAGAACCAAGUUCCCGCGGACAACAGCAGAGCUCUUCCCAAGAAGAAUCAUGCUGAAAUCAACAAGAUCCUCCGUAAUCUCACCAAAGAUCGUUGCCCUUCAAACACCCAACCCACUAGCGGUUCCAAUCCUCCCCCAUGCCCGGAAGAUGAAGUCGAAUCGGACAAAGAUGCCAGUGAAAAUGCCGCUGACAGCAGGAAGAAAGACAUCGAAUCAGAAAACACCUGCGUUCCUGGAAACGUGAAUAAACCAGGGCAGUCACCUGCAGAUGAUGGAGAAAAUGCUAAAAACCGUAUCACCGAGCUUCCAGAAGAAAUUAUGGAGGAGAUCGUUGGUAUGGAGCUUGAUGAGCUACGAGAAUACGAGGCCCUGCAUGCCACAUCAAAAUGUCUGCCGUCGUACCUCAAAGCAGAGGUCGAUGAAUUAUAUUACGAAUUCGAGCGGCAACUCUACAUUUUUGCCAUCCGUUACCAACUUCACGUAGCAUUGCUGUACAUGCACAUUGGCCAGAUCAACCGCAUGCGGGGUCCAACCAGCUAUAACAACUUCUGCCGAUAUGAUCCGGAGGCACGGGAAAUCUUCUCUCAGACCGUCUUAAAACUUAAAGAAAGGUGCACCGCCGUUGCUCAGGUAUGGAAGACCUUUGAUCCUGCCACCAAGCUCAAGUACAAGGAUCCGGCCUUUCUCAAAUCCAUAUGUGGAGACAAGCCGCUCGAAAUCACUAAUGGCGUAGUCCAGACCGCCAGAGAUGUUCACAUCUCAAACACAAAACUAACCCUUGGCUCGAACCAAAAGAGUAUCACCUUUUUCAGGCGAUGGGUGAAAGAAACGGUCAGAAGGAUGAACGAGAUUGCCGCCUGUCAUCGAAUUCAAGGAAUGCUUGUUGUUGCCUCGGCUAAAUCUUUGGGUGAUCUGUUCAUCCAAGAAGGUACAAAGAUGGGCAACGCGUUCCUAAACAUACUCACAAACAACGGUGAUCCCUUGCGCAAGUUUCACACAUAUGUCGCAGGUAUGUCAGUUGUUGCCGAACUCACCAACAAAGAUCCAAACGAGCUCGCAUGCGCAAAUGAAAUCCAUCCGAGAGACUCGGCCUCUGUGAGCAAAAGCAAGCCAGCUCAAAAGAAACGGAAGCUUGCCGAGCUCACCAACAAUGACGAGCAAGAAGAUCAUCAGAAGGACAAAUAUUGCCAAGGCACACUAAAAGAUAAUAAAAAGCUUAUCAGCCAAAAAUUGCUUGCCCUUCUCAGCGGGAAGAAAUUUCGAGGCUGGCCCGGAAAAAAUGCUGCCCGCGAUCUGAAAGCGGCGCAUAUCUCAGUAAAGGUCAAACGAAACAAUCCUGAUAGAUUUAUUGCAGACGAGCUUUGUCAGCCAAUCAACGCUAUCUCAAUUGAAACUUCAGAAAGGAUAUUGCGAGCCCUUGGUGAAGGGUGGGUUCAAGUUAAAUUCAAGGAAGAUGCUAGUUCCGAUGAAGAAGAAAACGAGGGCCACCUUCCUUCUCAUAACAAACGUGCUCGUCUUUCUCGUUGCAAAGCUCCGCGCAAGAUCUCUGUGGUUAAUAGCAGUGAGGAAGAUGAAGCUUCUGAUCAAGAAAGCCGUGGUUGUCGUGAUCAAGAUGGUGAGGAUGAGGAUGAGGAAAACGACUGA